CGGCGACCGGGCGAUUGGACGUGUGCUCGAUGCAACGCGCAUUGCUUCGCGAGCCGAAAUUCGUGCUUUCGAUGUAAAAGAGGCAAAGACGAAGGCGCGGAAGGGAGCUUUUCGCCGCCGGGCGGGACGUCCAAGGCGAGCUCGGAAGCGGGUGGUCCGGGAGCUGGCGUGUUUCGUGCUGGGGAUUGGAUCUGUGGGAGCUGUUCCGCGCACAAUUUUCAGUCGCGUGAUCAUUGUUUCAAGUGCAGCAACGCGAAGACGGGCAACGAAGCUCCGCCGCAGUCCGAAGGUUCUCGCGACGGCGGUCCGCAGACGGAAAACUUCAGAAGUGGGGAUUGGAUCUGUGGGAGCUGUUCCGCGCAUUGCUUCAGUUCGCGCCAGACGUGUUUCCGUUGCUCGUCAGCUCGUCCCGCGGGC